AAGAGCCAUGCCCACCGACCCCAUCUUCCUCCAAUAGGGGAGUGAGUCUAAAGGAUGACACUUCCCGAGUCAUCGCCGGGCUUAACAAACAUUGUUGCUCGUUACGCCAAGUCUUUUAGAAUCUGUGGAAUAACUGAGAAAAGCGUUGGUAUAAGCAAACUAAAGCAAGGCAAAAAAAAAAAAAAAUAGAGAAAAACAAAUUUCUAGUUUUAGUAACUUUGGGAGGUAUUGGAGGUCUUGAAACUUGGUUUGAAAUCAUCAGGCAAGUUGAAAGAAUCAUCUAAAUUGUGGUAUCAUCAAUAAUCAAACAUGGGUAUAGUUUACGACAACUGGGAAAGGUUGGUGGAUGCCACGCUGCGCCGAGAGGAGCUCCGGAUGAGUGCUCUAAGAACUCCCACCGAUCCUUCUUCAGCAUCGCCAUGGCCGUCGCCAUCGCCAUCGCCGUCACCAUUCCAUUUUAGCGUUUUGCCGGUUUUAUCAGGGAACAAUGGAUACUCAGCAGCAGCAGCUAGUAGGAGUGAGGAGUUAUACCUGAGGGGAGAUCUCGGCUUUCCACAAUUUAAGGAUUUUCUCUUUUUCACAGCUCAAGCUUGCAAUGAGAAACUUCACGAUGAUCGAUAUGUUGCUUGGGAGCAGCGACUUGGGAAGUUUACACGAAGUUCGGCUUCGCAAAAAACCUGCACCAGAAGACUGCAUUCUCAAAAGAUGCAGGGAUUUCAGGUGAGACUGAGACAGGUAAUCUCUCAGCUGCGUUGGAUUUGGUUACCCUGUGGCGACCGCCGCAGAUGAUAGAACCAGAUUGGAUGAUUUGAUGUGGUACCGAUCUAGACUUCUAUUCAAAAGCAAUUACGGAAAAAAAAAGGGUUUUUCUCAACAUUUGAAAUGAGUGAGCUGAAUGUGGCUCAAUCUGGACUAUAAAUUCCCUCUACAAUUGUCAAUAGCAGCUGCAGAAGCCUCGAAGUUCUUGAAUUUGUAUCUUAUUGUUCAAUUCGGGGUUGUAUUUCUUCUAUUGUUGCAAUUUCUGGCUCAUGCAGUACUAGACCAUAAAUUUUCCUUUC